AAUAAAUACAUACCCCCACUGCCCACACACCCACACCGACACACACACAGUGAAUGAAUUAGAGAGAGAGAAAAUAAAAAAAAAAAAGAAAUGGGGAGAGGGAGAGUUGAGUUGAAGAGAAUAGAGAACAAGAUCAACAGACAGGUUACCUUUUCCAAGAGGAGAAAUGGGCUUCUCAAGAAAGCUUAUGAGCUCUCUGUUCUCUGCGAUGCCGAGGUCGCCCUCAUCAUCUUCUCUAGCAGAGGAAAACUCUAUGAGUUUGGUAGUACUAGGGAAACACAAGGCUCAGUGAGGCUUAUGUGUUUCUGGGCAAUUGGAGCAUUUCUUGAUGAAAGUUUUACAAACUGCAGCAUGGCAAGGACCCUUGAACGUUACCAUCGUUGCUGCUUUAAUACUCAAGACAAUCCUACUGAAACAGAAACACAGAGCUGGUACCAUGAGGUCUCAAAAUUGAAGGCCAAGUAUGAAUCCCUUCAACGGACACAAAGGCACUUGCUUGGAGAAGAUCUUGGACCUCUGAGUAUUAAGGAGUUACAAAAUCUUGAAAAACAGCUUGAAGGUGCUCUUGCGCAGGCCAGGCAAAGGAAGACGCAGAUUUUGAUGGAACAAAUGGAAGAGCUUCGCAGAAAGGAACGUGAACUAGGAGACAUGAACAAGCAGCUCAAGAUCAAGAUUUCCCUAGAAAUGCCGCAGGUGGAGAUGGAGGGACAAGGCCUGAGAGACCUUCCAUGUCCAUGGAAUCUGACCUCAUCUGAAGGAAGUAGCUUUCCACUCCAAAUACAAGCUUCCACUCACAUGGCAAUGGAGCCUGAGCCUUUUCUACAAAUAGGGUAUCAUCACUAUAAUCUUGGAGAAGGACCAUCUGUUCCUAGAAGGAUGGCUGUUGACAAUAACAUGCUCCAAGGAUGGACACUUUGAUAUUGUUCUCCAUCCAUCUUUUAUAAAUACUCCACUUAUAUGUUUUGUCUUAGUUUCAAUAUCGCUUGUCUUAUUUUGGAAUAUGCCUCAAAACUUUUAUAUGAAGGUGCACUUUGAUUUUUGUGAUCAA